GUUCAUUCAGUUCAGCUCUACUCUCUGAAGAGGGAAGUUGGGUCAAAGUGAUUGUGACAAAUUUUACAAAACGCCUUUCAUACAAAUACUCGUUAUUCAGCAAUAAUAUUGAGAUAACUCUUCAACCCUAUCGUAGACCAGCAUGGCGGAAGGCGAAGAAGUGUUAAACGAAAUCCUUGAGAGGGUCGCUAAAGAGCAAGGUUACGAUGACUUCCGAAUAACAUCGAAACAAAUCUCAACCGAUGGAGCAAACUACACCAGCUUCCUAUACCAGGCCAGUAUCACGGCACCAAAUAAAGAGGAGCUGAAGCUAUUCGUCAAAGUUGCAGCCGCCGGAGAGAAGAUAAGAGAAAUUGCACCAUUCCGUAUGUUCGAAACGGAGAGUUUCGCUUACAACAAACUACUGAAAGCGUAUAAAGCGAUCGAAGAAAAACACGACGUCCCGAAAGAGCACAGACUGGUUACACCUAAAUUUUAUGCAAGCAGUGACGAAUAUCUUCGGGAAGCUCUUGUCUUUGAAGACUUAUCAUCAUCAGGAUACACGAUGUACGACAGAUUUAAAUCCAUAGACUGGGAGUAUACCGCUAAAAGCGUACAGAACUUGGCAAAGCUUCACGCUCUGUCUAUAGCGUGGUCGAUUGAAGAUCCAGAAGCGUUUGACAGCAUCACCACGAUGUCUGAGACCGGAAACAUGGACAGCAUCAUGGGUUACUUGAACACGGUUGUCUCAAACGCUAUUUUAGUGACGAGGGAGGAAAAUAAGGAACGCCUCCAGAAGUUCAUGGACCGAGUGAUAGAACAGAACACCUACAUCUCACUGUACAGGCCUAUCAGUCGGGCGGUGAUAGCCCAUGGUGACUACAGGCCGAGUAAUCUGAUGCACAGGAUCAAAGAGGACGGUACGCUAGAAGUAAUCUCCCUGGACUACCAGACCCUUCAACGCGGGAACCCCAUCCUAGACUUGAUGUACUUCUUAUUCAACGGCUCAGACAAGGGCUUCCGAGACCGGCACUUCAAUCAGACCUUGAACUUCUACUACGAAGAGUUGUGCUUAGCGUUGCGCCGGCUAAACCUCGACCCUGAGUUCAUAUACCCUCGAAAGAACUAUGAGGAUGAGGUGCAGAAGGUAUUGCCUGUAGGACUAACGACGGGCAUGUUCUGUUUGCUGAUAGUCACCGUGGAAGUAGAGGAUGCUCCGAAAGUCAACAAGGACAUCGCGAUCACCGACUUCGCCAUCAAUCCGAGCAACCUGUAUAAGACGCGACUCAACGAAAUUAUUGACUUUUUCAUUGAGAAGGGUGUUUUAUAAAAAAAAAUUGAUGAUUUCAUAGAAGUUAUAGAUACAUAGUAAGAUUUUAUAUACGUUAGAUUCAAUAAUUAAUAUUAAGUGCGAGUUGAGCUCGCAUGAACUGAGUUCCGAACGAUGUUAAUCUAUCAUGUUGCUUUAAAUCUGACCUAAAAUUGUAAUUGUAAUUGUCUCAUUUUGUCGUUAUAUAUACAUAUAUACCUAAACCUAAAAUAUUACAUAAUAUACUAUUUAACAAAACUAAACAUCAAUGACACAAUCGCUGUCAUACCAUUCGCCAAACAUUAGAUAGGUUGGUAACUGACACCUCAAAUCAUUCACUAAUAAUUAUGCUUUUUAAUGUCUAUACCUAAUGUAACGCAAGAUUCCAUUGCGCAUGCGCCUAAUUUUAUGUAAUCAUAAACAUUAGUCACCGAAUAUGUAUAAGCAAAUGCUAGGUUAGAAUAACUUAGAUAUUGAGUUGUUAAGGUUCUAAAAUAACUAUGAAUUAAAAAACCCUUUAUUUGUU